GAGAUUCAGGUUCUUGGUAUGUCGGCAUCACUGGAGGAAAUAAAUAUCACUCUUUGUCGGUCAAUUGGAAGGAUAGUAUUAUGCGGUGAGGGAGGAUCUCUCGAGGUUCUCGAUCAAUCAGAGGGUUCUUUGAGUGAGUCGACCGAUUGUUCACCGGGAGUACUUCUUCUUCCCAAUGCCUUGAAGAAACUAAAAAGACUUGACUUGCUGUUCGGCGAAAACCUAGUUGAGAUUCAAGUCAUCGGUACAUUGUUAUCAUUGCAAUCAAUCUCUAUUCAUAUUUGCGAUGCAAUGGAAAAGUUAACUGGUAUAUCGAACUUGAAGAACCUUCGCCAUUUGCAUAUCCUUAAGUGCUCUAAGUUGUGGGUUGUUGAAGGCCUUGACAAGCUAGAGUUUUUGAUUGACUUGGAUGUCCGCAACUGUCCUUCACUGGAAACAUUGCUUGACAUAUCGAACUCGAAAAUACCAGAUGACUGCCAGAUAUUGGUUUCGCGCCGCAGGGAGUCGCUCAACUCAGGAAAAAAAACUACUUUCAAGCAUUACAAGGAGUUGAUGAUUCAACAAGGUGCGCCAAAACCAGAGACAAACAAGGAGGAGGCUAAAAUGGAAGGGGAUGCUAAAGACUCACACAGACUGAAGAAGUAUAUAUUGAACUUAACCACGGCCUGCUUUUGCAAGUCUUGAAGAACGUGCUCCACCAAUAACAUUUUGUGAUAGAUUGAAGACAUGCCAGGUGAGCAUAUUGGAAUGUCUCUGCAACCGCAGCUUUCCUUAGCUUUAAAACUGAAAUUCUUUGUAGUUCGAAACAGAGGAUGCAUAUGAAGGACGAUUCAGAAUCCGUGGAGAUUGAAAGACAAAGUCAAGUCUCGUCAUUUUGGUUGAUUGAAGAACUAAGUCAUGGCUUGGAAAGACAACUUUAAGACUCCUCUUGAUCAAACUCAAAAGGCAACCACUGUCGAGGGACGAGUGUUCCAGAAACAAGAACUCAUGCUGCACAGGAUAUUCCCCUGCUUUGGGGAUUCAUUAACCAUUACCCUGAGUUUCUUCAACCUUUGACGGCAUGUGAUAUACCAAUUGACACAACGAAAGGCAGCUAAUUGGCACUGAAAUACAUUUCCAUCCAAUGAUUAGGUGGCUGGUUAGCAGUUAUCUUUGUGAACAUUCAUUACCCGAGAUUUAAUAAAAGCUGCUUGCUAAUAAAUGCAGCGACUUCCUACAUAAUGAACUUCACUCAUUUUGUACAUAAGUCAUUUUUCAUCAUCAAGUGUGCACUUUUCGUUGUUAA